AUUCUUCAAGUCCACGGCCAACCCAAAAAAGAAGUUUAAGUUGUUAUCGAAGUCUAUUAAAUUGACUGAUGUUGAUCAAGAAUUUUGAAUUUAGAGUAGAUGCAACCAAAAGCUUGACUUGGAAAAGUCUUCGAUGAUCAUAUGUGUAUGUCCCCACUUGUGCAAUAGAAAUUCCAAUCAGAGAUCCACACACCCACACAUAACAUAUCUUUAACUCUCCCUAUGUAUAUAUAUAUAUAUAUAUAUAUAUAUAUACAUGUAUCAUGAACAUGUAUAUAAUAACCCAAGCAUCAAACAAACACCUUGAUACAAUUACCAUGAUGAAACCAAUUCUCAGCACUAAUCUCUACUUUUCCUUUUUUCUGCACAUGAUCGUCGUCACCAUAUUCGUUGCCAGCGAUUUGCCACCUAUCUACAAUGCAGUCGAAGAUAUCACCAUCAAUUGUGGCUAUUCCGGCCACAUAUUCAAUGCAUAUGAUCAGCGAAAUUGGACUGGAGAUAUCAACUCAACAUUUUCACCCUUUGAACACCAAGCAAUUGGCAACACAUCCAUAUUCAAAGAAGCACCUCAUUCGUACACCGUCCCACAAGUGCCUUACACCAGAGCUAGGCUUUCUCACUUUGAAUUUACCUAUAGAUUUUUUAACCUCACCCCCGGCCAAAAGUUCGUCCGUCUGUAUUUCUUCCCAGCUUCAUACCCCGACUUUGAUCCCUCCAAAGCCUUCUUCUCUGUCAAAGCCGGUGGCUUUACCCUUCUCCACGACUUCAAUGCUUCAGUCACUGCUGCUGCUUCUGGGUCGGAGGAGACGGUAUAUAGAGAAUUCUGUAUGAACAUUGAGGAAGAAGAAGAAGAACCUAGUUUAAGCAUCACGUUCACUCCAAGCAGAGCAAUCCAAGAUGCCUACGCGUUUAUUAACGGAAUUGAAAUUGUAUCAAUGCCCGUCAAUUUAUACUACACUCCACGUGGGAUUCAAUAUGUAGGCAAUGAAAACAUCUUUCGCAUUGAAAACAACACUGCUUUGGAGGCGGUGUACCGAAUCAAUGUGGGCGGUAAGGCACUCUUUUUUGGUAAAGACACUGGCAUGUACCGCAAUUGGAAUGCUUAUGGAGACGAGCAAAUUCACUUGGAAGAGUUGAGUCUUAACCGUAGUGUUUUGCCGCAAAAUGAUAGUAUCCAACUCCAUUUUGCCAAAAUCCCAGAGUACUCUGCUCCAAAAGAAGUUUACCAAACCGCUCGGGCAAUGGGCAACGACACAGCCAUAAACAAGAGCUACAACCUGACAUGGCAAUUUCCUGUUGAUUCCAAUUUCAAUUACCUGGUUAGGCUUCAUUUUUGUGAGUUUCAGGCUGGAAUUUGGGAGAUCGGAGAUCAAGUGUUUCUAAUUUACCUGGAUAAUAUACCUGCUGAAAAAACAGCGGACAUAAUUGAGUGGAGUGGCGGGAAUGGGUUUCCAAUAUACAGAGACUACUUGGUGUCCAUGCAGCUUCCGAGCUCAACUGGAACUGGAAGCAAGGCGAAAGUGAAUCUCACCAUCGCACUGCAGGCAAACCCACAUGAUUGGAGGACUUUAAUCAGCGAUGCAAUGUUGAAUGGUCUCGAAAUCUUCAAACUCAACAACUCAUACGGCAAUCUCGCGGGACCCAACCCCGAUCCACCUCUUAUGGACCCAACAAAUACGACGUCGUCGUCAGGCCCAGAAAAACCCAAGUUGAGGAAUACUCAUUUGCUCGCUAUUGUUGCUGGUGUAGUUUCCACCACAAUUGCACUGCUCUCUGUUCUAGGGUUAUUCUUGGCUUUCAGGCGACGACAGAAACUCAAGGACUAUGAUGGUUGCUCCACCCGCGGAGCAACCAACUCAACCAAAAGUCGGGGCUCAUCCUUACCGUCCAAUUUGUGUCACUACUUUUCCUUGGCGGAGAUCAAAGACGCCACCCGAAACUUCAGCGAAAUUUGUAUUAUUGGGCGUGGCGGGUUCGGUAACGUUUACAAAGGGUACCUCGAUGGUGCGGCCACCCCCGUUGCGAUCAAACGGCUGAAACCCGAGUCAUCACAGGGGGCCCACGAAUUCAAGACGGAGAUCGAGAUGCUCUCCCACUUACGGCACCGUCAUUUGGUAUCGCUGAUUGGAUAUUGUGCAGAUGAAGGUGAGAUGAUCUUAGUGUAUGACUUCAUGGAUCGUGGGGCUCUCAGCGACUAUCUCUACCACAAAGAUAACCCAUCUCUUCCCUGGGAACAACGACUUGAGAUCUGUAUCGGGGCAGCGCGUGGGCUGCACUACCUUCACACAAGUGCGCAGUACACCAUCAUUCACCGAGAUGUAAAGAGCACGAACAUCUUAUUGGAUGAGAAAUGGGUGGCUAAAGUCUCGGAUUUUGGGCUUUCAAAAAUGGGAACCACCAGCAUGUCCAAGACCCACAUCAGUACAAUGGUGAAGGGUAGUUUUGGGUAUUUAGACCCAGAAUAUUACCGGCGUAACCAAUUGACAGAGAAGUCUGACGUGUACUCUUUUGGCGUGGUGUUAUUUGAGGUAUUAUGUGCGAGGCCAGCUUUCUUACGAACAGCGGGGAAGAAACAGAUGAGUUUGGCUGAGUGGGCCAAGAGCUGUCAUCGCGAAGGGACACUUGAUAAAAUCAUUGAUCCGAGCUUGAAGGGUAAGAUUGGAAAAGCGUGCCUGAAUAAGUUUGUUGAGAUGGCGAUAAGUUGUAUUCAUGAUAAUGGGAUCCAACGGCCGUCGAUGAAUGACGUGGUGUGGGGGCUUGAGUAUGCAUUGCAGCUUCAUCAAAAAGCGGAGAGAGAUUUAGAUUUCAAGGGUGAAGACAAGGUUGCAUUAAUGAACGAUAAUGAUGCUGCACCUGCAGGGUUUAGCACGAGUUGUUGUUGGGAAGAAGAAGAGGCGUCGAAUUCAUUGAACAGUAGUGGGCUGGCCAAAUUAAGCAGCAGUGACCAAAAUUCUACUACUAACGAAUCGAUUAAAGGGAUGUCUAGGAUAGUGUUUUCUGGGAUCAACGAUACCGAUGGGAGAUGAUAUUUAUUUGUAUUAAUAUGUGCCUUUUUUCUUUGAUCGACCUUGUAAUUUGGUUUUUUCUUAUAUUCUGUGAAUGAAUUCAUUAAUUAAACUUUCCAAAUAGAUUAGCACCGUC